AUGUUAGGCAAGUUAAUGAAGCAGGAACAUGUCCGGUCUGUCCAAGUCACAGAAAUGAAGAUGCUUCGGUGGAUGUGCGGAGUAACGAGGCUCGACAGGAUACGCAAUGAACAUGUUCGCGGUAGCCUCGGAGUACGUGAUAUCGCCGAUAAGCUACAAGAAAGUCUACUGAGAAGGUAUGGACACGUAAAAAGAAGGCCUCCUGAGUACAUAGGAAACGUUGCUAUGGAUCUGAGCAUUGCUGGGUCCCGAGGAAGAGGAAGACCGAAGAUGAGAUGGGCAGAUACCAUAGCAAAAGACAUGAGAGCCUGCGAUGUUUCAGUCGACGACACGUCCGAUCGUGCGAAGUGGAAGGAAAGGACAGGAAAAGCAGACCCCAACAUCAGAUGGGAAUAA